AUGAAAUCUCAAGGAAAUGAACCCACUUCAUUUACCUCCCCUGAAACUCAAGAAAAUGUUGUAGAAAAUGGUGGUGGUACAAGUACUAGUAAUGUACCACUGGAGGAGGAAGAAUUGAUAUAUGAUGUUGAACUACUUCCCCAUGAUCCGGGAAAAAAAAUGAAUAUAAUGAAUUAUCCCCCAAAUCGAAGAAAUGCGGUAAGGAGAGCUUAUAUUCUAAAAAAACCUUGUCAACCAAAAACUCACAACUUCCCUCAAAGACAAGUAGGAGGUUUGCGUCGUUUUAGUGUGAAUUGGUUCAACAAAUGGGAUUGGCUUGAGUAUAGCAUUGAAAAAGAUGCCGCAUUUUGUUUUGUAUGUUAUUUGUUCAAAGGUGAAGUUGAAAAUAAUAUAGGAGGUGAUGCAUUUGUUGAUGGAGGGUUUAGGAAAUGGAAUAAACCGGAACGAUUUGAGAAGCAUGUUGGUGGAAUUAAGAGUGCUCAUAAUCUUGCGUAUGAGAAGUAUGUGAAUUUAAAAGAUGGGAAAAAUAAAUCAAUUGUGAAUAUUUUUGAAAAGGCAAGUGAGGUAAUUAAAAAUGAAUAUUAUAUUCGUUUGAAUGCAUCUUUAACUUGUUUAAGGUUUCUUUUGGGACAAGGUUUGACAUUUCGUGGCCAUGAUGAAAGUGAUGAGUCUCAUAAUAGGGGUAAUUUCAUUGAGCUAUUGAAAUGGUUAGGAGAAGAGGUUAAGGAACAACUAGCUCUUGUUUUGCGCUUUGUUGAUAGAAAUAGUGGAAAGGUAAUGGAGAGAUUUUUAGGCAUUGUUCAUGUUGGUGAUACUACCGCUUUAUCUCUUAAAGAUGCAAUUAUGUCACUACUUGUGGAAUAUUCAUUGAGCCUAUCUAUGAUUAGAGGGAAAGGGUAUGAUGGGGCUAUUAAUAUGAAGGGUGAAAUAAAUGGCCUUAAGACUUUGAUUAUGAAUGAUACUCCAAGAGCCUACUAUAUACAUUGUUUUGCUCAUCAACUUCAACUAUCACUAGUUGUCGUUACUAAAAGAAAUGAUAGUUGUGGUUGGCUUUUUGAAAUACUUGCAAACUUGUUGAAUGUUGUUGGAGUUUCUUGCAAAAGAAGAGAAAUGAUUCGUAAUAGUCAAGCUCAAGAAGUUGCUCAAGCAUUGGAAGUGGGGGAAAUUUUGAGUGGAUCGGGUUUGAAUCAAGAGCUGGGUUUGAAGAGGCCCGAAGAUACUUGUUGGGGAUCCCAUUACAAGUGUCUUGUAAAUGUCAUCCGCUUGUUUUCUAUAAUUGUUAAGUUACUUGUUCACAUUGGGAAACAUGGUGCAUCGGAAGAUAAGUUUAAAGCUCAAAUUGUUUUAGGACAAUUAGAGUCAUUUGAUUUUAUUUUUGUUGCUUACUUGAUGUUGACUAUUUUUAGUUACACUAAUGAUUUGUGUAUUGCUUUGCAAAUAAAGGAGCAAGAUAUUGUAAAUGCCAUGUGUAGGGAAUAA